CGAGGAAAACACAACGGGCCGAGCGGGGUGCAAGUUUGUGUGGGGUGGUGGCGGUGAGGUUGGGGUAGCAUAAGCAGCCAAAGACGCGGAGAUGGGAAUAAUCAGGGUUGGAGCGGUAGAGAAUGGUGUGGAGGAUUGCAUUAUUCACUGUGGUGGUGGGGGUGAUGUUGAAGAGAUGGGCCGCCAUGUGGAGGGCUUCAACCCAGAAUUCAAGGGGGAGUUGAGCUUGGAAAAGAAGGGUUCGGACGGUGUUGUUGAGAGUGCGGAGGAGAGAGGCUACAAAGGUGGUGGAAGAGAUGACAAGGUCCGAAACCUCGUCGGUGAUUGUGGAGAGAAUCCAGCCUUGAAGAAGAGCAUCCAGUUGAAACCAUUCAUCAUCUUCGCCGGAGGUAGGGACGACAGACCCAUAGAUGUGGAGCCGGGGGUCUCUGGGAAACAGCCUCCCUACUUCCGAGUAGGGGCAAGCUUCUCCGAGCCUAACUACAAAAAGUGGAGCCGGCUCUUCCUCCUCCUCAUUCGAAGGUUCUCCUUGGGUGAUUUCGUCACCGGCAAGUCGUCUCCAUCUAGCGCCGACGACUCGGAAUGGUUCCAACUUGACGCUCUCAUACAAGCCAUCUAUAACAUCUUCCACGACAACAAGCCGGCCCGGGCGAUGCAACUUGAACACCAAUUCCGCACCACCACGAAGGGUUCUCUCUCCAUCGCUGCUUAUUGUCAAACCCUAAGGAAUCUUGCGGAUUGGUUAGAGGAUGUAGAUGCCACCGUCUCCGAACAACAACUUGUUCUUCAAGUCUUGCGUGGCCUCCCGGAUGAUCUUCGAGCACAAACGUCGUUUCUUCAAUACCAAACGCCUCCCCCGACCUUUCUCCAAACAAGCUCGGCCCUUCUCUUAAUUGAACAACAACGAGCUGAAUUAGGCGUUGGGAGCGACACGGGGGAUGGCGGCACGGCGUUCUACGCCGGUAGUGGAGGCCCGCGGCGGCAAGGCAGCGCAGAUGGCGGGCGGUCGGAUUCCAGCGGCGGGGGAGGCUUCGGCCAGCAGCAGCAGUACUCCCGGCACCGUGGCGGUUCAUCUCGGGGUCGUGGAUAUGCUGACGGGAACCGUGAUUCAUCGGUCCAAUAAUGCCGGCCCUCUCUAUCCCAUGAGCCAGUCCACCGCCCAAGCCCAACGUUGUCACCGGUGACUCGGAGCAAUGGCACCGUCGUCUAGGUCACCCUAGCCUUUCCGUCCUUCUUGGAAUCCCUAGUCUUUCCUCCAUGUCUUUUAAACAUUUACAACACUCUCUUUGUCAUGCUUGUCAGUUGGGGAAACAU